CUUCAGGUUGUCGUCUCUACAUUCGACUAUACGCUUUAAAUAUCCUUCUGAUCUCCCGGCUGUAGAGAUCAAUUGGGAGCCAUAGUCAUCGCUUUUGAAUCCUUCCUCCCCUACCACACACACACAACAUCACUAUGGGUGCCACUCGUGCUGAGAAGGAAAUCUACUUCGUCAAGCUCAAGGCUUUGCUGGAGCAAUACCCCUCCAUCUUCCUUGUCAACGUUGACAAUGUGUCCUCCCAACAACUUCACAUGAUUCGACAGGCUCUCCGAGGUACCGGAGUUGUGUUGAUGGGCAAGAACACGAUGGUUCGACGAGCUCUCCGAACGCUUCUCGCUGAGAUGCCUCAAUUCGAAAAGCUCUUGCCAUUCGUCAAGGGAAACAUUGGAUUCGUCUUCACCGCUGGAGAUUUGAACACGGUUAGACAAGUCAUCGUCUCCAACAAGGUCGCUGCCCCUGCUCGUGCGGGUGCCGUCGCCCCUAAUGAUGUCUUUGUGCCCGCCGGAAACACCGGUAUGGAACCUGGAAAGACUUCCUUCUUCCAAGCUUUGGAAAUUCCCACCAAGAUUGCCAGAGGAACCAUUGAAAUCGUCUCGGAUAUUCAUUUGGUCAAGGCCGGUGAAAAAGUCGGAGCCUCUCAAUCGACGUUGUUGAACAUGUUGAACAUUUCUCCCUUCACCUACGGUAUGACCGUCGUUCAAAUCUACGACAAUGGAGUCGUCUUCCCUCCUUCCGUCCUCGACGUCGAGGAGUCUCAACUUAUCGCUACCUUCAUGUCUGGAAUCAAGACCAUCGCCGCCAUCUCCUUGGCCACUGGUAUCCCAACCAUUGCUUCCAUCAUGCACUCUUUGGUCAACUCUUACAAGAACGUCUUGGCCGUUUCCUUGGCCACCGACUACGAAUUCGAGGGAUCUGCCAAGAUCAAGGAAUACCUUGCCAACCCCGAGGCCUUUGCCGUCGCUGCCGCCCCCGCCGCCGCCGAAGGAGGUUCCGCUGCCGCUGCUGAUGAGCCCGCCGCCGAGGCCGCCAAGGAGGAAGAGGAGGAUGAGGAUGAGGACAUGGGCUUCGGUCUCUUUGACUAGACGACUGAUUCCCAAUGCUCAUUGGCCACGUUGCGCACCUGGCAUGGUAGAGUGUACUAUUACGGGUAUGCAUAUCAUUGUCUUCAG